AUGGAGCUGACACCACAACAAAACAAUGCAGCCUUACCAGAUCGAAACGACGGACAUCUCGUUUCUAUCGAAAACAGCUUGAGUGGUCAGCACCUUGGUAUAUUUAAACAGGCUAUUGCGAAUAUGUUAGCUACGAACAUCGCAGAAGAGACGUACGCUCAGAUAAUUGACGGCUUGCCUUUAACUCGGGUCGCACAGGACUCUGGCAACGGAGGACUGCCACCUGAUCACCCCAUUCAUGAAGAGCAUAGUGAACUUUGCUCCGGGGUACUUGAUAAACUUGGAGAGUUUAAAUCCCAAUUCGCAGUUGGUGUAUUAAAGUUAGACUCUACGUUGAUCAGUGAUUAUCGAUCAUCGGCUCCUGGAUCUCAGACCUUCAACAAGGGGCUAGUUGAGCUUGUGGCCGAGGCUGUGCACGAAAUCGCCGUCGUAUUGUUUAAAUCGGGAACAAGCCUCCACCCGGAUCACAGGAUUACAUCUUGGACACCCCCAAAAGACGACGUUUUCUGGGACGUGUACCCCAAAGGCGCUUGGCCGACAUUAUUUUACCACUACUGGUAUUCUGAUUAUGAGCAGGACCCCAAUGGUGUUGCAGAUGUGGUUGGUUUCUGGGCAGCAGCCCGUAUACUUGGCGGCGUGAUAUUGUUUGAUCGUCGCGCCCCAAGCUUGGCAGAAGCUCAGCCAGACUCUAUCUGGUUUCACUCGGAUCGCAGUGAAGUAACAUACAGAAUAUACAAGCUUCUAGACGACCAAAAGCUGGCCUUGCUCGAGUUUCUCACUACUGACUCACCGGACCUUGAUCUACUUCCAAUUCUUUGUGACGAAAAGAACGAUUGUCGGGAGGACCCAGAGCAACCUAUCAAUGAGACAGGAAUAUACCGCCAUUUAUGGGAUAGGAAGCCAGUUUCAGAAGAUACUUAUUACGAAAGAUUAAAGGAUGUCUGGGACCAGUUUGAGUAUCCCGUUCUGGGGGAUUUUAUGCGGGCGAAGUCUCGGGCUAGAGAGUUGCAGCAACGGCGAUUUGAAGAGAGGUAG